AUGGCUGCAACAACACAAGGCUCCUCAACUGCUCCUCAUGCUUUCCAAGUCGAGCUGACAAAGUUCAAAAGUCGUUUGACCGGGAAGCAGUUGCAAAGCUUCCGGUGCACAUCUCUGAAGGACGUCGAGGAUGCGGUCAAUGAGAUUCAGAGACGUCAAGACACACAGCGAGGACUACGUAACUUGACUCGAAUUCGGCGCUUCAUAGAGGCGAUGCAGCAGUUUGGCAAGAUCAUCGAAGUCUUCGUCAAUACUAAUGAUGUCCUUGCCUUUGUUUGGGGACCCUUGAAGUUCCUCCUCCUCGUCUCGAGCACCUCGGCGGAUUGCCUCGACAAGAUUUUGGACGCCUACGAGCAAAUCGGUGAAUUAUUACCCCUGCUCCAGCAGUACGAGUCGCUUUUUCAACAGCAUCCAGAGAUGCAAAAGGUUCUUGCCAUGAUGUACAAGGACAUUCUUGAAUUUCAUCUGCCCGCAAUUCGUGUCCUCGACCGGUCAGGUUGGAAACAUCUUUUUCGAUCUGCAUGGGGUGACUUCAAUACAAAGUUUGAAGGAAUUCUCCGGAAUCUCAAUCGGCAUGGACAAUUGAUUGAAUCACAAUUCAACCUGCUCCAGGCUCGUCAACACGAAGCACACCAAACAGAGGUACUCAGGGCAAUCCUGGAUGUCGAGCAGGAGGUGCGCCUCGCACGAGAAUUACUCGAAAAGGAAGAAAAAAUCCGUAAACAGGAGCAGUUGUCUGCAGUACGAGUCUGGAUAGGGGGAAAUACCACUUGCGACUCGCAUGAGUCAGCUAUAAGAGCCCGCGAAGGGUAUGCUCAGACGGGAUUGUGGAUCACACAGAAGGAAAAGGUUUCCAGCUGGCUCGCAGACGACCUUCCCCGGUCCUCAAUACUAUGGAUGCACGGCAUUCCAGGCGCAGGGAAAACAAUAUUGGCGUCGAUCAUCAUUCAAGCUUGCCUUGAAGCUUGCGUGAGACAAAAUCAACACAGAGCAGCAUACUUUUACUGUAGACGUGAUGACGUUACAACAACCACUUGUGCCGGGAUUUUGAAGGGUCUUCUCGCCCAACAAUUGUAUUGGUAUAGGGGUGAUGAUGUCGAAUCUGAUGUCAUACCUGAUCUCGUACCCUUUUUUGAUGUGGAAAGGCGGAAAAGCUGCGAACCUGUCCUGUCUUCUGAUCAGAUCACAAAGAAGUUGUUUAGAACCGUCUCUGGAGAGGGCCAGCGCCAAUACAUAGUCGUUGAUGGUUUGGACGAAUGCCGACCAGAGGAACGGAGGUCGCUACUCCCGUUUCUUACUUCUUUGGUCAAAGGAGUUGACGAUCGGGAGCCAUCAAAGCUGCGUGUUCUCAUAAUCAGUCAAGAAGAGCCCGAUAUCAGGGGAUUAUUAUCCUCCGCGGAGGAGUUUACUAUCACACGCGAUGACAACAGCCAGGACAUUCGUGCCUUUGUGCAAGCAUGGACAGUCAAGAUUCAGGAGAAGUUUGGACUUGGCGACCAAGCAUCGUCUCUGUUGGCUCAGCACACAUGCGGUAAUGCAGCUGGUAUGCGUCAGUUCUUGUUCGCCAAACUGGUUAUGGAAAACCUCCAUCAGCAACUCGACCUUCGCGGUCUUCAGCGUGAACUUGAAACCGAGCGUUUCCCAAAGGAGUUGGCAGAAGCGUAUGAUCGAAUUAUUGAACGCAUUAAGAAACGGCAUGGAGGGGUUGAACAAUCAUGGCGCAAAAUACAAGAAUUUUUAGGGUGGAUGAUUUGUGCCACUCGACCACUCAAGUGGCACGAAAUUCAGGGUGCAAUGUCAAUAUGUCCUAACGAACAGCGAGUAGACCCUUGGACAUGUCAGUUGCGGGUAACCGCCCACGAAUUGUGCGCACCUUUGGUGACGGUGAGCGGAGGCCGUGUAGUUCUCGUGCAUGGCACGGCCGAGAGAUAUAUUACGCAGUCAGGUCACAUCGAUCUUCUGGCCAUGGAAUGCAGGCUGGCGAGCUUAUGCUUGGGAUACCUCGCUCACCCUUUGUUUGACGGAGCCGUUCUGGAGGAAGACGUACUCGACGGAUCGUAUGCCUUUGCGGACUAUGCAGUUGCGAGAUGGAUGAACCAUUUUGAUACGAUACUCGCUCGAUUGGCGGCAGUGAGUGACAUCCAAUUCGAUACACACCAGACUGAGGUGCAAGAGCUCUGGGAAGCAGCGGAGAGCAUGCUACGGGCCAUAGGGGAGCGUAAAGACGACCUUAAAAUCAACCUUCCGCAGGCCAGAGCGUCGCAGUUGCAAGACAGCCUGGGGCCUGCUAUCUGUCGCCGACUCACAAACUUUGAGGGCGCCGCAGAUGGAUUUCAGUCUCUUUGGACUCACACGGUACUGUAUCGGAGCAAGGACGCUGAUAAGCGUAGCGAAAUCAGCCUGGAAGGGCUUCGAAACGCGAUGGGCGGCAUCCGCAGGUCACUGGAGGAGCUCUUUACGAACAGAGACUUGAGUGCUGAAACUCUCGAGAGGUUAAAAUCACAUUACGGCUCCAAGUGUUUCCGAUGCCCGAAGGUCACCUGCUUCUACUUUCACGAAGGGUUUACUGACGCAAAAACACGAGACAGACAUGUUCGCAGACACGAGCGGCCAUUUCAGUGUGUUGUGGUAGACUGCGACGUGUCGGACGUUGGAUUUGGAUCUAAGAAGGACCUUGAGAACCACAUGCAGAGCUUCCAUCCAAACACCGAGAUCAAAGCUCAGCUCUUCAAGGAAAUACAGACACCGAGACCCGGCCAUGCGAGGUUUGGCUGCGAAAGGUGCGGGAAGAGCUUUGUCCGUGCGUCGAUAUUAGAAGACCAUGAACGAGCGCACAGAGACCAAAGGGACUACAUGUGCGCGCGUUGUGGCAAGAGGUUUGUGAGGAAAAACGAUUGCAGGAGACAUGAGAAGAUGCACGAGAACCGACCAUGA